AUGGCCGACGUGGAGGACGGGGACGAGCCAGGUGUCUCGGCUCCUCACGCGGGUUUCUCGGGCUCGAAGUCGGGCGGCGUCGACAAGAUGUUCUCGCUGAAGAAGUGGAACGCCGUGGCCAUGUGGAGCUGGGACGUGGAGUGCGACACCUGCGCCAUCUGCCGGGUGCAGGUCAUGGGUAAGACGAGGGAGCGGCGAAAGCCGGGCCCCGGAACAAAGGCCUCGCUCAGGAGGCAGCGGCGGCGGCCUCCUCCGUCCUUUCUCAGGCGCCCUGGGCGAGGUGGGGCCGGGCUAGGCCUCGUCUCCUCCCGGUGAGGGGUUCCUGAAGUGUCUCUUCUCACCCCCCCAAACCCGGGCAAUAUUAGUGUUUUAUUCUCUCGUGAUUUUUUUUUUGCGAAGGCCGCAGGGCGCCGGCGUUUCCUCCCCCUGGGUAGGAGGGAGGGGGAACGGGCCUUUUUGUUUGCUGCUUCAGGAAGCCCUGCCGACGCUACCGGCAACUAAACUGUGCCUAAACAUGGGCCUUGAUGAGAUAAGGCCUGCCCUGCGCCCCUUCCCCACCCUUGGGCCAGACGAGAGGUUCCUAGCUGCUUUCCUAUGCUCACGUAUGGGGCCUUGCCCCUGAGAGAGCAUCUAGGCCGCUGUAGACAAUGAGAGACCUAAAAUUAAAAUGGUUGGAGCAUUUCUAGUUUUUAUUUUAAAGAGAAGAACAUGCUGCUUGCUCCUUUUCGAUCCUAACACAGCCAUAGGAUCCCGAGGUUCUGAGGAAGCAAACCACCACCACUGCCUUCCCUCAUUUUCAUAAGACUCUAUGGAUAAACUCCAUGAUUCUGUUCAGGAUAAGAUUAUAAAAGGUUAUGCCUGGACGUUAACAAGUCUUUUAUGUAUUCACUUAAGAAGAUAUCACCAUGGGAAUGCAGUAAGAUUUGUUACAAUGUGCAUACCCAUGAGUAAGCUUGUGCAAAAUAAAUGAAUUGGCUGGUUUUCCUAUUUGGUAACCAAAUAUCACCCUUAUGAACUGUACAUAUCACUAGAGCAGAUCCUAUAUCCUAUCCUUCAGUGCAUUUUUACAAGUCCUUUUUUCCUAUUUGCUGUUGUUCCUGAAGAUAUAUGUGAUUUAAUGUGUCUGUAAUAAAAGGAUGCUGUCUCUGACUUUGAGCAUCACUAUAUGUAGGAUGCUUGCUUUGUGCUGUAUCCGUUUUCAUGGUGAUCCCACUCCCUUUCUGGCCUGAGGGCAGCACUGGUAAAGCUACGCUUUCUCUGUGAACAGUGCCUAUGGACAAUUGGCUCCCUAAAUUGGUAGAAUGCCCAUUCAUCUUUUCACCAGAAGCAGUAUUAAUUUUUCUUUUAUAAAAUGUAUGCUUAAAUUACGCAUCUGGGUGACAGCAAUGAAAUCCUGUGGAUUCCAGUUACAUUUUCUUCCAUUUGAGGUGUUUUUGUAAUAACCAUAGAAGUAACAAUGUGGCUGUGUUUGGGGGCCAAUUUCCCAAAGCAGUCCAGUGUACCUUACACAGAGGCAUACUGUCUGCACGGAAUAUCAUAGAUUUGUAGAGUUGGAAGGUGUCAAGAUGAUCAUUUAGUUCAAUCCCCUCUGCCAAUGCAGGAAUCUUUAGGGGGCUCAACCCUGAGAUUAAGCGUUUCAUUCUCUACCAACUGAGCUAACUCCAGUGGCGUAGCAUGGGUUGUCAGCACCCGGGGCAAGGCAAGUAAUUUGCGCCCCCUAACCUGUGGAUUUGCGCCCCCUAACCCCCAGAUGUUGCGCCCGGUGCGGCCGGCCCCCCCUGCACCCCCCACGCUACGCCACUGGCUAACUCAGUGUAUUUGCUCCAGGGCAUUCUUCUAAGAAGUGAUGUGUUAGGAAGAGGAAUUACUGCACAGUGAAUUAAUUUACUACUGGAUUGUUCACUACAUUUCUCCACAUAGUCCAGUGUGAACCCUAAAUUUUCCAAAGUAAGUUGGAAGAGCCAAGCUUUUGUGGUGUGGAAGUGGCUGAGUUAGUGGAAGGUCAUGCAUUAGGGUAAGUUUUAGAUUAAUGAUCUUGAGGUGCUUAGAUUACAUGACACAGUAUGCUUGCACCAUUAAAUGUUUGUCAGUGACUGUAGAUGCUUUGGAAACACACUUUUCAGAGCUGCUUUCAGAACAUCAUACUUAGUCUUGUCCUUGUUUACAUCUAGAUGCCUGCCUUAGAUGUCAAGCUGAAAACAAACAAGAAGAUUGUGUUGGUAUGUUGUGAUUUCAUUCUCUUGUUAUUCAACCAAAGGCUUUUUCUUAGUGGGGUGCUUUUUAAAGUUUCAGCUAAAUAGCUCUUAUUUUUGUGCAAUAAAAUUCAGGAAAGCUUCAUUAAUGUAAAAUGACAUACAUUUGUAUAAAAUACUUGGCCAUAGGAAAUCUGCAGUUUGUCUUUUAUGUAUGGGUAUGUAACCAUGAAAUACUAGUUACAUAAGCUAAAACAUUUGAUUUGAUGAGGUCUGUUGUAUCUUCAGGCAUUUUUCAUAAAAAUGGUUUGUUGAAAGAAAUCUUGGGAUCUUAAAACAAAAAAAAAUUGGUUUCACAACUUACUUUUACUUGCUGAUUUUGAGGAUUCAAUGGUGGGUUGAAAUCUUCACGUAGAAGAAAUUUGCAAUACUUAUUUUUAACAUAAAAAUGUAUACCUCAGCUUUUAAAAGCAAAUAGUGCAGGUUCUGCCUGGUAUUCUGGAAGUAUAUUUUGGACGGUCUCCACACAAUAAUAAUAGCUUUUGAAUGGUGCUGAUAGCGAAAUCUGUAAAAGUGAAGUAUUUGAGUAAGAAAUGCUAAUAAGCUUAGACAACAAUUCUUCAUGUGCUGUAAAGUCUUAGGCUACUUUGAACUACUUUGGCACACCCAAAUUCUCACAUGCUCAGUCAGACUCUUGGCUUCCUGUCUUUGAACAAGUAGAUUUAUCCCACCAUUCCAAGGCCAUAUCCCAAACCACUCUGUGUCAUGCUGGGUGGCAUGAACGCCUGCUGUUCAAGAAAAAAAGGUGUUUCAUUAUAUUUGGAAGACACUGCUUUGGAGCAUCGCUACAGUGAUGGGAAAAAGAAAGUGCACCCUCUUUGAAUUAUGUGGUUUUACAUAUGAAGACAUAAUAACAAUCAUCUGUUCCUUAGCAGAUCUUAAAAUUAGGUAAAUACAACCUCAGAUGAAAGGGAAAAGCUAUGUGUGUAAAACUAAGUACACCUAAUGAUUCAGUUGCUUGUAGAACUACCUUUAGCAGCAAUAACUUGAAGUAAUCAUUUUCUGUAGUACUUUAUCAGUCUCUCACAUCAUUGCAGAGGAAUUUUGGUCCAUUCUUAUUUACGUUGCUUCAAUUCAUUGAGGUUUGCUGGCAUUUGUUGAUGCACAGCUCUCUUAAGGUCCUGCACAGCAUUUCACUUGCGUUGAGGUCUGGACUUUGACUGGGCCAUUGCAACACCUUGAUUCUUUUAUUUUUCAGCCAUUCUGUUGUAGAUUAGCUGGUGUGCUUAGGAUCCUUGUCCCAUUGCAUGACCCAGUUUCAGCCAGGCUUCAGCUGUCAGGCCUCACAUUUGACUGUAGAAUACUUUGGUAUACAGAGAAGUUCAUUGUUGACUCAAUGACUGCAAUGUUUCCAAGUCCUGUAGCUUCAAAACAAGCCCAAAGCAUCACCCUUCCACCACCAUGCUUGACAGUUGGUAUGAAGUACUUACGAUGAUAUGCUGUUUGGUUUCCACCAAAUAUGGCGCUGUGCAUUAUGGCCAAACAAAUUGUUCCAGAAAUCUUGUGGUUUGUUCAGAUGCAACUUUGCAAACCUAAUCCAUGCUGCCAUGUUCUUUUUAGAGAGAACAGGCUUUCUCCUGGCAACCCUUUCAAACCAGCCAUACUUGUUCCAUCUUUUUCUGAUUGUACUGUCAUGAACUUUAAUAUUUAACAUGCUGAGGCCUGUAGGGCCUGAGAUAUAACUCUUGGGAUAAUUUUUUUGCAAUUUCUGUGAGCAUUGCAGGGUCUGACCUUGGGGUGAAUUUGCUGAGACAUCCACUCAUGGGAAGAUUGGCAACUGUCUUGAAUGUUUUCCACUUUCUCACUGUAGAAUAAUAAACUUAAAAUUGGUUGGAGAUGGCCUUAGAACCUUUCCCAGUUUCAUAGGCAGCAGCACUUGCUUCUCUAAGAGCAUUGUGUCAUCUUUCCUCCUUGGCAUUGUGUUAUAACACACCUGAAUGCUCCAGACCAGCAAACUGCUAAAACGUUGGCUUUCAUAGAGGUGGGCACACUUACUGAUGAUCAAUUAAGUGAGCACAUUUGAUUAGCAGCACCUGUCUGCUACUUGGCCUCUUAAUUUCUAUGGAAGCAGUAAGGGUGUACUUAGUUUUUCGCACAUGUUUUCUCCGUUUUGGCUUUAUUUCUGUUAAAUAAAUCAGGACAUGGUGUGAUAUGUUAUGUGUAUGACAUAUCUGAGGUUGUAUUUGCCUAAUUUUAAGACCUGUUAAGGAACAGAUGGUUGUUAUUAUGUCUUCAUAUGUAAAACCACAUUAUUCAAAGAGGGUCGCUUUCUUUUUCCCAUGACUGUAUUUAUAAAAAGCAAAGUCCUACAGCAAUACUGAAUAUUAUAUUGAGAUAAAUGCUAGCACUUUGUAUUAGAUCUAACCAUUUUUAACUUGCUGACUCAAGUUUAGUUUUCUUCUUCUUUUUCUUUCAGUGGUCUGGGGAGAGUGUAAUCAUUCCUUCCACAACUGCUGCAUGUCACUGUGGGUGAAACAGAACAACCGCUGCCCCCUCUGCCAACAGGACUGGGUGGUUCAGAGAAUAGGCAAAUAA